AUGAUUUUUGAAAAUAAAGGGAAAUUUCUUUGUGCAUAUAUAUUUAACACGGGUCGUGAUACAAAAAGGUUCAUAGACCGAACGUUUGCCAUCAACACAGACCAUGCAGCGGCUUUAAAUCGUCAACCUGAAAACUGGAUGACGUGGACACCUGUUUUUCUAAAUCUUGCUUGGCUUGGAUUUAAUGAUGUUCAUUCUGAUAUUCAUAUAUAUACUGUUAAUAUCGGCAGUCAGUAUAUGGGUAACGAUUUAAAUGAGAAUCCCCAAACGCCAAUAAUUGUACAACACAGUCAUAAUUCUUCAUUUCACGAAGACGGUAAAGUGCAGACAUUCAAAUUUCGCACUCAAAGGCUCAGUCAGAACAAAACAGUCUAUAUAAGUGUAACAGCGACGAAUCAUGUGGGACUUAAAAGUGCAGUAGUACACUCUCAAUUUAACCUCCUUUUUGGAGGUAUUAUGGAGUUGGUGCGGAGGUGCGACAGCUAUUCUUGCUUAGGACACUGUGUCUGUGCUCCACAUGGAAAUAUAUGUCGCAACAUCAAGCCUUGUAAUGAUAUCAGUGAAACAGACGACACUGUUAAUACCUUAAUUGAGGUAAGGGACUAUCUCAAUUUACGAUUUCCUGACGACUAUCCACAUCCGUUUCAUUCCCCCGUCAAUACAAUGCUUGCAGCAAAAUGGAGCGUAAAGAACUUAAAAGGAGUUCGUCCGGUGUGGUAUGAAUGGAGUGUAGGUGAGAGUGUCCAUGAUACACCCUUGGGUGUUUUUGACACUGUAACGGAUAGAGUUUGGCAUGAUGCUGGACAAGACAACUCUUGUGUAUUUACUGUUGAUAGAGGAAGAAAAGUUUUGGAAGAACACAAAACGUACUCUGUUUUUGUCCGAGUCUGGUACAACAGUGAGACAUAUGCAAUAUUCAAAAGCGUUGGAGUAACGAUCUUCCAUACCCCACCCUUGUCAAUCGUCAUCAAAGGCAAAAAUGUGAAAGAAGUAAUUAGGGGAAGCACGAGAGAUGUUGAUUUCUUCACAAGAAACAUGCAGAUAGAGGCCUAUUGGUCUGGAAAGUUUGGAGGCGAUAUAUCGAGAUAUCAUCUAUAUAUUAGCACCCAUCCUGGGGGUCAUGAUUUGCACAUCGUUUCGAAAUCCCUGCACUCAUCCUUAACAAGUUUCAACAUAACAGGAUUUAGAUAUGAGGAAAAUACAAAAUAUUAUACUGUUGUGCAGGCCUUCAACUUGGCCGGACUUCACACUACGGAAGUGUCAGAUGGAUUCAUGCUUGACGUACAUCCCCCUACCUCUGGAAUAGUUAUGGACGGCUUUGUUUUGCCUGAUAAGUACGCCACAACUGAAACAGGUCAUGUUCAGUCCUUCUGGCACGGUUUCUCAGAUAUCGGAUCUGGAAUACAAACCUACGAAUACUGUGUGUCCUCUGGUCCAAUAGCAGGCACCUGUGAUAUAAAACCACUCUCACCAGUUGGUAUUGCAACCAAUAUUCAGUUUUACCCAAAAGACAAGCUUGAACAAGGUACACUUGUGAGGGGAGAAGUAAGGGCGCGCGAUGUUGUUGGUCAUGUGUCUGAACUAGUAUCGUCUAAUGGAAUGAUUGUUGACACUACUGCACCUGUUCGAUCUAAACUGGUUGAAUGUCAACAAAACAUUUUACAGGAUUCCUCGUUUGAAAAUGAUAUGCACUUAGAAGAAAUAUAUGUGAUGUGUGACAACAUAUCUGACUCACAGUGGAAUAUAUCAAGACACACUUGUGUUUCUGUUGUCAAAUCGAAUAUGGCACAGCAUGGCGCAUUCAGUUUACAUCUACAGGGAUCGAUAUCUCAAACUAUAAAUACUACUAUGCAUAGUAGGUAUAGGUUGACCUUUUACACAUCAACAAUACCUUCAAAUACGUUACAGUUAUCUACAGUUGAAGGUUAUACAGAGGUAAAUGCCCAAAGACAUGUUUUCAUAAUGUAUAGUAAGCCUUAUACGGAAACAUACGCAUGGCAAAAGCAUGUCUUCUUUUUUCACUCGGAUUCUAACAUUACUAAAGUGGAAUUUGGAACGGUUAAGAGUCUUGCGGCUUUUGCUUUAGACGGAAUUCAGUUUCAGCUUUGCGAAGUGUCAUCCACUGACGCACAUGAGGCAAGAGGUCAUGUAAACGUACAUACAGUAUUUGUUCAUGACUGGUCAUCAAUACAUGCAGAUUGGGCUUUCACCGACCCGGAGACUGACAUCCUAGAGUACAUGUGGGCAAUAGGCACUGUGCAUGGUGGGGCACAGUUGCAACCAUUUGUCAGUGUGGGUAGGCGAACAUUUGCCAGCAACAACACUCUAAGACUCGAACACAACACAGUGGUAUUUAUAACCGUUGUCGCAGUUAAUGCUGCAGGUUUGAGAUCAAUCAGUUAUUCGGACCCGAUCAUGAUUGAUCUUACACACCCCGAAUGCAAGUACGUUUACGACGGUUCAAUAACUGGUCAAGAUCUUGAUUUUAUAAGAGGGCUAAAACUUGAUUCUCAUUGGGAUAUAUCUGAUCCUGAAUCUGGAAUUAAAGAAUGCCAGUGGGCUUUAGGUACAUUUCAAGGUGAUACAUCAGUUCAGGCAUAUCUUACACUGCAACCAGAUGAAAACAAUGCGAGUAAGCUGUUUGAAACUAGUCCUUCUGACAAGAUUUUUGUAACUGUUCGAUGUACUAAUGGUGCUGGUUUAACGCAUAAAUGCUACUCAGACGGAGUCAGACUGUUACAAACUCCUCCUUCGGUUAACGACGUCAUAUUAGAACUGUUAACUACUUCACUAACCCAGUUUGAGACAAGAAGCUGUUACCAUGGCAACAAUACAGAAAUACGAUUCAGGUGGACGGGUUUUAAAUCUGAUGAAGGAGUUCAAAGUUAUUUGAUUGCCCUGGAUGGAGAUAAAGUUUCAACUUCAGAAAUUGUUGAAACUUCUUCGUCGGGUUACAGUUACGCAAGUUUCACAGGUCUGACGAUGGCAGAUGGGGAAUACACUGUUUCUGUAACGGGUAUAAAUGAAAUAAAGAUGUACAGUCAGAAAAUAUCAGAUCGUUUUGUGUUAGUAACACAUCCACCAAGUCUUACAGGGUCAGCAAUCAGGACAAGCUGGACUGAAACUACUUCGACUGCCACUGCAUCUUGGGAUAAUGUGUUCGUGUCAACUGAUCCUAUGUAUUAUGAAGUGUCAGCAAGACUUGCUGAAGGUGGAGAGGGAGAUCUUGUACAGUGGCAAGAAACAGUUGAUACACGAAUAGAAAUUGUGCUGGAUACAAGUGAAUUGCCCGAAGCUGGUGUUACUGUCCGUUUCAGCGUCCGUGCAAUAUCGUAUUCUGGAUUGUUUACUGUAGCACAUAACAAUCUGCUUGUGUUACCUUAAGAUUCUUGCUUCUGUACUGCAGAGAAUGUAGUUUCAGCUUUAUUAGCUUUACUAUAGGUUGAACAGAGUGUAUUCUAGAAGUGUGCUAUUUAAAUUUUACAAAUUAACUUUUACUUUGAUCACACGAUCCGCCUUGAUUGCUAUUUCAAAAAGAUAUAGGAAACAGUCUAUAUACGAAUAAAUAAUAAAUGUUGAUUGGUUUAUAUAUUUUAUACUUUACGACUGCAAUUUACAUAUCAAAUUCUAUUUCUGUUCCAGUUUAUACGACUUUUCCAUGUGCCAACAUGUAGGCAACAACAUUUAAAAAAAAUAUCAUUUUAUAAAUUAGUACUGACUUUUUUUGUUGGGCAGUAAAUUAAUUUUAGAUUUCUUCGAGCGAAUUUGGUGUGUUUUGAUUCAAUAAUACCGUCAAAACAGUAUGACAUAAAGUAUGACGUCAUGAUGUGACGUCAUAUAUAUGCUUUGAUUGUAACACUGGGCCAAAUUAGGGCUGGGACGAUUUCGAAAUCCUAAAACCGGUUAAUCUUUUGUAUGAAAUCGAACCGAACCGGUUAAUCGGCCGCCAUAUUGAACAUGUUGUUUUCUUUCCUGACGACGGUAUCAAGGUACUUCCAGCAGCGGUUUAUGUUAGGAACUAACGAACUUGCAAACAAUGUGAUAAGUCAUAUUUUGGUGUAUUUUAUUUUACAUAUAUCACGACAGGCAAAUCCGAGACUAUAAUUGACUAUGUUCAAUGUGUUUUAGUGGGAAUAUACUGCGGGUCUAUUUGCUAGUCAAAGAACUGUAUAAAUAAGAAGUACAGUUCGUGAUAUUUGUUAUUUAAGUGCGAUUAGCGGUUUUGCAAAAUUGAAACCGGUUUCUCCUAGUAAUCGAAUCGGAUCCGAUUAACCGAGUAAUCGUCCCAGUCCUAGGCCAAAUAACAAAAUCUGUGUCUUUUUCAUUUGAUAGUUCUGUUCAUAAAUAGUUUGCAAGGUAAUAAAUUACUAGUACUUAAGAAAUAAGUUAUAGCAAAACCGUGGUUUAACACUAUUUAUACACGACUGGCGGUCGCUGCACCCUCGUGAAAUUAUUACGCUCGAGGUAUUACCUACCAUCGUGUAUAAAUAGUGUUCAAGCACGGUUUUGCUAUAGAAUAUUUCGAUUCCAAUAUGUCUUUCAUUGUAAAAUUUAUAUCAAAUAUGAUAAAACCUACGCGCAUGCAUGGCACCAAAUGGUAGGUGGUCAGGCCCCUUUGUUUAUACAUACCAGGACCGGAAAUAAUAAUACUUCUGUGGAAGAGUUCAUUUUGGGCAAGAAUGAUUGCAAAUUAUUCUACAAAGCGAAUACGCAACUCAGUAUAUAUGUGUGUAAAUUAAUCAAUACAGUUCUGCAAAAUGACAUUUUGUUUUAAACAUGCUAUUAAGUAGCAUAUUUGAUCAAAUUUGAAAGCGCUAUUUCUAAUUACAUAGAUGACGCUAAAUAUCACGCCGACGUGUCGUCAACGUAAUAUCGUAAAAUGUAGUGCUUUAAAAUGUGUACUGUUUGCGUAGUUAGAAUCGAAAUAAUAACCAUGCUCCUAUUACGUCAUUAGUUAAUAAAAUACAAACACCCGUUCGGAUGCUACGCACUCGGAAUUUGAUCAUUACGCAUCCUAACUCUUGGCCAUAUUUUUUUAAACUGGUAAAACAGGAACAUAUUUUUUUAUCUUAAUUUAGAAUUGUUGCGUUCUUUUAUAAGAUAAAUGAGUAUACACGAGCAUAACCCUCGUCCAAUAAUUAAAUUGCAUGUGCUGUUACAUUUUUAAAGUAAAAUGAUAAAAUAAACAUGCAUUGAAAAGAUGUCCCACAACUUAAUAAAAUACACAUUGCAGCUAUAAGUAGCGGCAGUUCAAAUGAUAUAAUCGCUUUCCCACUUUGUUGGUAUUAUUUAUGUUAUUUGCACGAGUUAUUUUAUUUUUUGCAUUAUUUAUUACUUUAAUCCAUAAUACAUAUAUGUAAAUAUUACCAAGUUUAAUUUAUGUAAUCUGUGUGAAUGGAGUGGUACUGUCAGAGGGAUAAUGCAAUUACCAGUUGAAAAAUUUGAAAAUCACCACUAAUAUAAUAUGUAUCAUUUUAUCCUAGUAAGGAAAUAAGUCAUUCAUCUAUUUAAACGUCUUUGAUAUGUAAGACCAUAAAUCCAUUUAGGUUAGAUUAUAUAUGUUUGAACCACCACGAUAUACAUGUGUCUCGAAUGACUGAUGUUUGAUGUGCGAAAUAAAGAGAAUGAAAACUU